ACUCAUCCUUCCUCUAAAUUUCUCACUUCUCUUCCUAAACCCUAAUUUUCCCUCUUAAUUAAAUUCCUGAUUCUUAAUUUCAAAUCCCUUUUCACAGUCUCCAAGCUAAGAAUGACUUCUCUUCCAGUCUUAACCUCCCACUCUCUCUCUCUCUCCAAUUUGUAUUUAACUUUGCUUUAAUCCCUCACCCUCAUCCACUUUCUUCCAUAAUUUUCACUCAUCUAAUCAUUCCUUUGCUCUUCAUCGCCUCCUCACCCUAACCCCUAUAGAUUUCUGGGUCACCAUUGAUUUCAUUGUAGGAGGAGAGGCAUCUGGAGCUGUAUCUGCUUGAUCAAUGGCUGAACUGUUGGGGCCUCGUUUAUACAGCUGCUGUAAUUGUAGAAACCAUGUUGCCUUCCACGAUGAUAUAAUUUCUAAAGCUUUUCAGGGAAGACAUGGGCGUGCUUUUCUGUUCUCUCAUGCCAUGAACAUCACAGUGGGACCAAAAGAAGACCGGCAUCUCAUGACGGGUCUCCACACUGUUGCUGAUGUGCAUUGUGUUGACUGCCGUGAGGUGCUCGGGUGGAAAUAUGAGAGGGCAUAUGAGGCAUCGCAGAAGUACAAAGAAGGGAAGUUCAUUCUUGAAAAGUCAAAAAUCGUUAGGGACAACUGGUAGCAUCCUGUGUUCGUAUUUAAUGCAUUGAAUUUUAUGUUGAUGUAAGUUUAUUGAUUCUUCGUGAUGUUAUCUUGUAUAUAAAGUUCUCAUCGAUCUUGUCAUUGUUUCCUGUUCCUCGUGUAUAUAGUAUAUUUCUGUAAGUUGUGAACUCAACUGGAUAUCAUUGUAUCUUGAAUCCUCACAAUCUGUGUUAAUGAAAUUGUGGUGCUUAAAUUAAGUCA